AGCAAACAAGGGGAUAAGUAAUAAGGCGAUUCCCUAGAAGCGUAUUAAAAAUUCUACGAUACUUUGGUUUUCGGAAAGUAAUACGGAGAGUAAGUGAAAAGUGCCGCGAAUAACAAGACGCUGCCAGCCUUCGCGAGUUCGCGAAUACCGGGCGGUGUAUACGCAUAUAUAAGAGGAGAAGAAGGAGGAGGAGGAGGUGGAGGAGGAAUAGCAGCAGCAGCAGCUCCAGCAGCAGCAGCAGCUCCAACAGCAGCAGCAGCAGCAGCAGCAGCAGCAGCAGAAGCAAUAGCAGCAGCAGGAACUGGAGGAUUAGGAUUUAUCACGAUUGAAAGAAGGAAGUAAGAGAAAGGAACGUUAUCGGUGGCUAUGCAGCCUCGCGAAGCUAUUACCGGAAGAAGAUAACGCCGACAGUAAGUCGGACAAAAGACGUAUCACCACGGUGGUCCACGCGCACGAGAGACGCGUAAACAUUCGGUGGCUUCGAUUAGCCAAAACAUGUGGACCACGAUGUUAGUGUGGACGGUCGCCGUCGUGCUUCUACCGUCACCCCGUGCGGUUAACGCUUCGGGGGUGUUCGAGCUAAGGUUGAAGUCGUUCGUCAACGAAUACGGAAAAGAUAGUCUGGGUAAGUGCUGUUCAGGCACUACCUCAAGGACAGGCGAAUGUUCAGGUGUUUGCAAGACCAGGUUUAGGGUAUGUCUGAAGCAAUACCAAGUGAAGAUCGACACAACGACACCGUGUACUUAUGGAGAUGUUGUUACACCUGUCCUCGGCGAGAACAUCGUUAAUCUUAGUCCAAAUGUCGCCCUGCCCAGUUUCACUAAUCCCAUCAGAUUCCCGUUCGAGUUCACGUGGCCGGGCACGUUUUCUUUGAUCGUCGAGGCCUAUCACGAUUCAAACAAUACAACGCAUCAUUCACCCGAAAAGGUACUGAUCACCAGGCUGACCACGCAAAAGUGGCUCGACGUGGGCCCGGAGUGGAUAGAGGAAGAACAUAGGAGUGCCCAUUCACGAAUGGUUUACGAGUACAGAGUGACGUGUGCGGCGCAUUAUUACGGAAAGGGCUGUGAAAAUCUUUGCAGACCUAGAGACGAUAACUUCGGUCAUUACAGUUGCAGUCCUACCGGUGAACGUGUCUGUCUUUCGGGAUGGAAGGGCGACUACUGUGCUACUCCCCGCUGCCUGCCCGGAUGCGACGAGCAGCACGGACACUGCAGUCGACCCAACGAAUGCAUCUGUCACAGCGGUUGGAAAGGAGCCUUUUGUGAUCAGUGCGUGAGAUAUCCCGGGUGCCUUCAUGGUAGUUGCCAAAAGCCUUGGGAAUGUCUAUGCGACGAAGGCUGGGGCGGACUGUUCUGCAACCAGGAUCUAAACUACUGCACGAAUCACAAGCCUUGCAUGAACGGUGGCACCUGCUUUAACACCGGCCAAGGAUCGUACACCUGCUCCUGCGCGCCAGGCUUCACUGGUACGGACUGCCAGACACAACUUUUGGACUGUCACUCGAAGCCAUGCUUGAAUGGAGGCUCCUGUUCGAUGGAAGCAACGUACGCAAACUCGAGCGUAUCUUCCAGUGGCGGCAGCAACGCGAACGGCAAUCAUCAUCAUCGUUCGGGUUCUUCCUCUUCGCUCGAUGGCUCCUCGUCAUCGAGCAAGUUACAACGAGCAGCUUAUCGAUGCACUUGCCCACCAGGCUGGAGAGGUCGCCACUGCGAGAUGACAUCGAGAUCAUGUCGAGACUCUCCCUGCUUGCACGGUGGUAUCUGCGAGGAUGACUCGUUGAACGGCUACGUUUGUCGUUGUCCAGCAGGAUACACGGGUACCGAUUGCGAAUCCCAACUCGAUGAGUGCUCACCGAAUCCUUGCACAAAUGGUGGCACCUGCACCGACAUGGUGAACAGUUAUCGUUGCUCCUGCCCUCCUGGUUUCGCUGGAGAUCGCUGCGAGAUCAACGUUGACGAUUGCCAAGGUGAUCCCUGUCUUAACGGUGGCACUUGCGUCGACUUGGUGAAUCGCUUUAGAUGCCAGUGCGUGCCUGGAUUCGUCGGUAGACUCUGCCAAGACAAGGUCGAUUAUUGCCUGGCUAAGCCAUGCGCGAACGGUGGUAGAUGCAUCUCCGGAACGAACGACUAUCGUUGCGAGUGCAAGCCUGGAUUCACGGGAAAAGAUUGCAGCGUUGACGUGGACGAGUGCCGUAGCGCACCCUGCAAGAACGGUGGCACCUGUAGGAAUCGAGUGAACGGUUUUCUAUGCGAGUGUCCGGUAGGUUGGCACGGGGAAAGUUGUGCGGAGGAGGUCGGUGUCGGUGGUACGGCCGUUUUACCGGUGGCAUCGGCCGCGAGUUCGUCCAGCGAAAGUGGUACUGCUAUUUUACCCGCAGCAGCUGCAGCUGCCGCCGCGGUACCACCCUCGGGUGCCAGCUAUUGGUCAGGAAACUUAUCGAAACACGUCACCUCAGCAGCUGAAGCUAGAGACGCCGGUUUGACGACGGAACACGUAGUGGUGAUAGCAACUCUUUCGACGGCCGUGCCAGCGUUUGUCUUGGUCGCAGCACUCGCAGUAAUGUGCAUGAAGAGGCGGCAAAAGCGCGAACAGGCGAAGGCGGACGAGGAGGCGAGAUUGCAGAAUGAAAGGAACGCGGUACACAGCAGCAUGAGCAAACGCAGCGGAGGUGUUCUCGGAGGUGGUAGCAACAGCGUCAUCGGCUCAGCUGGAGGUGGUUCGGCCGUUGGAAUCGGUAACGUCGGACUUUUGAGUGGUAUCACCGGUGGUUGCGUUGGUAGCGGAGUUACCGGUGGUGGAGUUGUCUCGAGCGGAGGUGCGGUCUCCGGGGCUGGAUUGAUCGGCUCGGCCGGUGGAAGUGUCUGCACUCUCGGUACCGGAGACGCCCAUAUGAUCAAGAACACGUGGACGGCGAACAAGAGUGUGAACAAUGCGAGUAGCGUCCGGCAGGACGACCUGGACUCCUCGUUCCAGACCGACGUUACCCUGGACAGUUCCUGCUCGGGAUACAAAGCGGAACCGGUGCUCCAGGACGGCAGAACGAGAACGACGAAGCAGUUGAACACCGAGGCUGCAGCCCAUCGAGCGUCUCAUCUCUUCCAGAAGGAGAAGGAUUGCUUGGGCCUGGGUCUGGGUCUUGGUGUCACUGUACUCGAAACCGCCAAGAGGUCCUCGGUCUUCGCGAAUACUCCGAGCGACGCUUGCUGCGCGGCGGAAGCGACCCUCCUGAAAAGGCCGACGACGGUAACGGAAAGUUCCGGUCCACCCGGCAGUGGAGGUGGUGGCGGCGGUGGUGGUGUCGUCGACAGUGCCUGCGGUGUUUAUGUUAUAGACGAUCAUUACAGGCAUGACGCGACCACGCUAGCGACAACACUCGCGACGGAAGUGUAGCCUCGAAUAAUACUGUGACGCAUAAAAGAACGCGUGCUUGGGACACGAAUCAAUUAGACCGCGCGCGAAUCACGAACUUGUAUUUUCUUUUCUUCUUUCCCCAUUUUUCUCUCGUUUUACCCGGCGCAUUAGAGAUCGCGUUGAUCCUCAUUCUUCUUUAAAUGUGAAUCGAUGCGUUCGUUGAAACAACUCUUCGAAAGACUUACAGAUUCUUCGUUCGUGUUUCCUCGACCACGUCUUAUUUAUGACGACGAGAGGAACAACGAUGACGAUGACAUUGACGAAGACGACGACCACGACAACGACGGUGAGAUAAUCAUUAAGAUCUCUCGUCGAGUCGAGCGACGGACUAACUAAAUAGAAGCUCGUGAAUCGAGUUAAUAAAGUAACGAUAUGCUGUGGGGGCGGUUGGCGUAUUAGCCACUUACCCGUCUUUAGAUGUUAAUAAUAUUGUCAUGCUCGAAGCAAAACUUUGUACAGAACUAAUUUAUUAUUAUUGUUAUUUACUAUUAUUACGAUUGCUAUUAUUAUUAUUAUUAUUAUUAUUAUUAUUAUUAUUAUUAUUAUUAUUAAUAUUAUUAUUAAUAUUAUUAUUAUUAUUAUCAU